AUGUCCCGUAGUCCGCACCGUCUCCUAUGUUCAACUAACUCACAACUCCGGUCCCUGCAAAUAGAUGUUUGCAGUUUGCCGCUUGUCGAAGGAAGCUGCAACGAAGACAUUCCUCGGUACUUCUUCAACACCACUUCGUCCCGUUGCGACGUGUUCCAAUACAAGGGAUGCACAGGUAACGACAACAACUUCGAGACACACGAGGACUGCCUCGCAGAGUGUGAAGAUCUAUGCCACAUGCCCAAGGAUCCAGGAGCCUGCACAACUGACAAAGCUCUCGAAAGCUUCUACUACAACUCCCAAACGGGUCGCUGUGAGGACUUUGAGUAUAGUGGAUGUGGAGGGAAUGACAACAGGUUCGAAGACAUCGACUCAUGUAGAACACGAUGUGAAGAUGUCUGUCAUCAACCAAAGUAUUCUGGACCAUGCUACGCCUACCUGAGGCGGUUUUACUACAACAGCGAGACAGAGCGCUGCGAGCCCUUCAUCUACGGAGGAUGUAUGGCCAACGGAAACAAUUUCUACACCAUGGACCAGUGCAACAGGCACUGUCGCGAUUCGAGAAAGAAGGUGGAGGGGCCUACUCCUGACAGAGCACUCUGCCACCUCCCACUAGAUGAAGGUUCUUGUGAUGGCAGCGAAACUCGGCCCGAAACCAGGUUCUUCUAUGACGCUCAAAAAGAGGACUGCAUCAGCUUCAUCUACGCCGGCUGCGGCGGGAACGACAACAGCUUCAGGCUGCUCGAAAACUGCAACCUCACUUGCUUUGGUGUCCAAACCCUGAUUUCUAAAGCAGAAGCCAGCUGCACGGAAGCAGAAUGCAGCUGCGGAAGGUUCAGAAUGGACGGUGACUGCAAAGUCUGCGAAUGUGGGAAUGGAGCCGAACGAGCAGGUCCAGGCGUCUACAUGCUUGUUUCGUUGCUCUGGGCAAUGAUUUCAACCAAGGUCAUCUGAACGUCGCGUCCCCAUGCAGAGUAACCGAUAAAAGCGGCCAUGGAC